AUGUCGCGAGCUAUUCGGGACCGGAACUUUCAUAGCACACCGUCGCGCUCCGAUUUUCACUUCGAUACCCAUCAUUUUGUGCAGAGAUUGGAGCGAGAAGGGUUGAAUCGGGCACAGGCGGAGGGGAUCAUGAGUGCCAUGGCCGAAGUCAUUGAUGAAAGCGUGCGGAACAUGACGAGUAAUAUGGUCACGAAGGCCGAACAAGAGAAGCACCUAUACACGCAACAAGUCGAUUUUGCCCAGCUGAAGUCCGAACUUCAACUGUCGGAGCGGAACGACUUGGCCCAGCUGAAAGCGGAGAAUGAGCGCCUAGUUGCCGACGUCGAGAAGUUGAAGCAACGCCUUCGCGACGAGAUAACACGUACACAGUCGGGAGUACGACUCGAUCUCAAUCUAGAGAAGGGGCGCAUGCGAGAGGAGAGUAGCGGGCAGGAACUGAAGAUCAAGGAGGUUGACACGCGCAUCGAGGGCGAGAUCGCGAGUGUAAGAGCUGGUAUUCAGAACAGCAAGGCGACGACGCUGCAAUACCUUGUCGGUUUUGUUACCGGUUGCAGUGCCCUUCUCAUGGCGUACCUCCGAUUCAGAUUAUAG